AUUAGUCGCGGACAUUGUAAUGGAAAGCCGUAUUAUGUGGAUUUGAGGAGAAGUCGCCAUAUAAACGUGUUACAUUUAUAGGAUUAGCUUGUGUCCCCUGUCUUCGUCUGUGAAAUGGGGAUUGAUCGGCGACGGAGAGCCUCGCUGGCGCUUACCUUGAACUUCCUUGCCUUGUUUCUGGCGCUGUCCGCGCUUUCUACCAGCUACUGGUGUGAGGGGACGCGGAAAGUAGUUAAACCGUUCUGUACCGGACCGGUGAAGACUAGACAGUCGUUCUGCAUUAGGUUCAACAGUUCGAACCUUAACGACACUCGUCUGGUCCAGUACAUCUGGGAAACGGGAGAGGACAAAUACCUGAUGAGGAAGUUUCACACCGGAAUUUGGUUCUCUUGCGAACAGAACGUCAACAUGACCGGGGAGAACUGCAGAAGUUUCAUAUACGUGGCCCCUUCCAAUGAGCGAGGAGUGUUGUGGCUGUGUAUUGUGGCAGAGUGCCUGUACAUCCUCCUCCUGGCCACUGGGGGCAUCCUCAUGUCCAUAGAGGUCUGUCGUUUUGGCAACGUCAUCGACGGACUCAAACUGAACGCCUUCGCUGCUAUUUGCACUGUCCUGUCAGGUCUGCUCGGCAUGGUGGCUCAUAUGAUGUACACCACAGCCUUCCAGCUCACUGUGAGUCUGGGACCUGAGGACUGGAAGCCCCAGACCUGGGACUACAGCUGGUCCUACAUGCUGGCGUGGGGCUCGUUCACGGCGUGCAUGGCGUCUUCCGUCACCACCAUCAACCGCUACACCAAGACCAUCCUGGAGUUCAAGCACAAGCGCAGGAACAUCGAGAAGAACCUGAAGAUCAAACAGAAGCUUCUGGAACUGGACUCGCCGGAGCAGGUGUGGGACAUGUACAUCAGCUCGGUCCCCAGCACCACUGAGGAGCUGCUGGAUCUGUCCGGCAACGGACGCAAGCUCUCCAACGCCUCCGUCUUCCUGGACCUCAACGACCUGCCUGACUCCCAGGGAGAGGAGUACUGCUGAGGGAGGUGGGGGAGGUGAGCGUCGAGCCCCUGACCCUGGACCUCACCGCUUCACCCUGAAAGGUUCAUACCCUGUUGAGGGGGGGACUGCAGUCGGGGAAAGCCCGACUGGGACGUUUCCCCCGCCGUUUGUCUGAUCUUGAGGACUGCUUUCUGCUCGAAACGAAGCUCCCGCUCACUACAGCUCAGCUAUCUCUCGCGCUCUCACGCGACACAUCGUACUUCUCUCACGCAUUUUGACCAUUCCUCGCGUUGAGUGGCAAGGGAUAUCUUGUCCCGAUAUACGAUUAAUGGUGCGGGCAUACUGAGGGAAGAUUUGUGUCGAGUUGAUAGUUGUCUCGAGUCAUACAGAGUUAAAUGUCAUCCACCAGCCAAUCACAAAC